AUGAAAGGAAAGAUUAAUGGUGUACAAAAAAGGAUUUUAAAUCUUAAUCCUUUAGCAUUAUAUGUUUCUUGCGGCAACCAUAGUAUAAAUUUGGUAAUAAGUGACUCUGCACGGUCUUCAGUAAAAUCUAUAGCUUUUUUCGGUAUUCUUCAGAGAUUGUUUACUCUAUUCUCAGCUUCAGUGAGCCAAUGGAAAAUUUUAAUUGAUCAUGUUAAAAUUUUGCAUUCAAAGAAACUCUGUGACACGUGGUGGGAAGCAAAAAUUACUAAUGUUAAAGCCGUUCGUAAUCCUGAAACUGCACAUGAAGCGAUAACUCUAGGAGAGCAAUUAAAAGAUUUUAGCUUUCUUGUCUCUUUAAUUGUCUGGUAUGACGUUCUUUUUCAAGUCAAUAUUGUUAGUAAAACUCUUCAAGAAAAAGACAUGGACAUCACUCAAUGUGCAAAGUUAUUGAAAAGCUGUUGUUCAUUUUUAGAAAACUGUAGAAAAUGUGGUUUUAAAGAUGCAAUUAUAAAAGCAAAGGAUUUGGCUAUAGAAUUACAAGUGGAGCCUGUUUUUAAACCACUUAAAAGAAUAAUACGAGUGAAACGCCAUUUUGACGAACCAGCCCAAGAUGGGAUUUAUUUAUUUUCUCCUGAAAAAAAAUUAGAAAUCGAUUUCUUCAAUCCUUUUUUAGACACAUCUUUAAUUUCAAUGAGAGAAAGAUUUAUACAGUUGGAGAAUUAUUCCGAAGUUUGGGGUUUUUUGUAUAAUGUCGAUAGUUUGCAAAAAAGAGAAGAAAUUCUAAAAUCAUGUUUAGCUCUUCAAAGUAAACUUACCGUAAAUCUAAAAUCGGACAUUAAUGGUAUUCUCCUUUGCAAUGAACUGAUGAGCAUUAAACCUUUUCUUUCUAAAAUGGUAAAGGAUAAAAUUACUCCUAUUAUUGUUUUAAACUUUAUAAAACAGCACAAAAUGCAAGAUUUGUAUCCAAACACAUGGAUUGCAAUGCGAAUUUCGCUAACAAUACCUGUCACUGUAGCGAGUGGAGAAAGAAGCUUUUCCAAAAUGAAACUAAUAAAAACCUAUCUGCGGUCAACAAUGUCGCAGGGUAGACUUUCAAGUUUAGGAACCCUAUCGAUUGAAAAGAAUAUUGCUGAAAAUCUUGAUUUUUCAACCCUAAUCAAAGAUUUUGGUGAUAAGAAGGCUCGUAAGAUUAAUUUAAAAAAUUAA